CAGGGACUUGGCGAGAUGGGGCACCCAGGACCACCACUCCCUGGACAGGUGUGCACCAAGGGUCUGCGAGGUCGGCCGCUGCGCUCGGAUGGGCACGGAGCAGGAGAGCGUCUCAGACGGCGAGUUGCCUCCCAGCGCUGCUCUCUCGAGUUCCUGGAAGAUGCUGUGGGAUGUGCCUCCGUUCAGAGAACCAAACACAUAUCCGGCUCCCCAAGACAUAAAGGCCUAAAGAAGACUCACUUCAUCAAGAACAUGCGACAGUACGACACGAGGAACAGCAGGAUCGUGCUGAUCUGUGCCAAGCGGUCCCUGUGUGCAGCCUUCUCGGUCCUGCCCUAUGGAGAAGGCCUGCGGGUCAGUGACCUGCGGGUGGACGGCCAGAAGCAGAGGCAUCCGUCAGGCGGCGUCUCCGUGUCUUCCGAGAUGGUCUUUGAGCUGGAGGGCGUCGAGCUGGGAGCAGAUGGGAAGGUGGUGUCUUAUGCCAAGUUCUUGUACCCUACCAACGCCCUGGUCACUCACAAGACAGACAGCCACAGCCUGCCACCCCAGCCCCGGCCCAGCAUCCCCCGGGCUCUGCCAGGGUCAAGAUACAAACCUACCCCAGCCAAGUCAGCACCAGCCGGCACGGAUCUAGGGACUGACGCAGGGGACACGCUGGAGUAUAACCCCAACCUCCUGGACGACCCACAAUGGCCCUGUGGCAAGCACAAGCGGGUCCUCAUCUUCGCGUCUUACAUGACCACGGUAAUAGAGUACGUGAAGCCCUCUGACCUCAAGAAGGACAUGAAUGAGACCUUCCGGGAGAAGUUCCCACACAUCAAACUGACACUGAGCAAAAUCAGGAGUUUAAAACGGGAGAUGCGGAACCUCUCUGAGGAGUGCAGCCUGGAGCCUGUGACGGUGUCCAUGGCCUACGUGUACUUCGAGAAGCUCGUCCUGCAGGGCAAACUCAACAAGCAGAACCGCAAGCUAUGCGCCGGGGCGUGCGUGCUGCUCGCCGCCAAGAUCAGCAGCGACCUCCGCAGGAGCGAGGUGAAGCAGCUCAUCGACAAGCUGGAGGAAAGGUUUCGGUUCAACAGAAGGGAUCUGAUCGGGUUUGAGUUCACGGUGCUGGUGGCCUUGGAACUCGCGCUCUACCUUCCCGAGGGCCAGGUGUUACCUCACUACAGACGCCUCACGCAGCAGUUCUAGCCCAGCCUGGCCUCUGCCCGGAGGGCGGCCACCCCUCCCACACCGCCCAGACGCCCUGGCGCUCAGGGCCCCAGGGAUGUGUCCAGGUGAGCGGCCGCCCGGCAGGGACGCGCCUGCCCCUCAACUGAUGCCGCUGUCCCUGCACACCUGUUCCCUUGGAGGGACACCGCUUUCAUUCCAAAGCACACCACCCGCCAUGGUACAUUCCUGAGAAUCUUCUCGCAUUUUUACGCGAGCAAAAUGUAAGGUUUUACUUUUUUCAUGUGCCUGAGACCGACCCGAUCCUCAAGUGGUCAUUUCGGCAUCUUUCCUUUGCACCGCCUGGUCUUCCGCAAACCACCACAGCCACUGCGCUCGCAUCGCAGAGAUCUGGGUUUCUGGAGCCUGCUGAACACUCUGGAAUUGCAGAAGUUGGCGUAUCGAAACAUGAGUCUUGGCUCUUUCCGGUUUUCGUUGGUGGACACAGCUCCCUCCCGGCCCAGCUGAGCCCCUCGGGGAUGCCCACUGGCCUCCCCCGGCAUCCUUCCACAGGCAGAGCUCUGGCAUUAAUGCAACUAGGGCAGACUCCGGUUUCUCUCUCUUUUUACUCCAAGCAUCGUGUCACUGUGAAAUCCUGAUGCCCGAGCGUCACACAUGCCAGCAGGCCUCCGCGCAGACACUAGCCCACCCCAGGGGGGACCCACCCUUCACCUCUCACCGGGAACCCCUGCUUGCCUGCGACACUCUGGACCUUCAGGAUGUUUGUUGGACUGCUUGCUCCUGGCUCUUGAUCUUUCUAAGCAAUAUCGUGAUGGAGAAAA